AUGAAUUUGCUCUUUUGCUUGGUACUUGUUGGAUCAACGGUAGCCUUGCAAUGUUAUCAGGGCAACAACGUAAACCUUGCCUAUGUUUUCGCGUCGACGGAUUGCGGUGGAAGUCAGUACAUGACCUGCAUGAAAAACAUUGACUACGUGGCUGGCACACAAACAAAAUCGUGUUCCCCAAUGAAUUGCACGCUAAACGGCCAACAAAACGCACCAGCGAACUGCAACAAUAUCUCUCAAUCGAUCGAUCAAAAUCAGAUCUCUUGUUGUUGUUAUGGAGAUUCUUGCAAUGGAAUCUCGCAUCGUUUCGGAAUCGAAAACUUUCUUCUGAUUUUGGCUGUGUUCUUUGUUUCUUUGGCUGUGUUU